UUUCUCAAACAUUUCUGAGCCGCCACUUUGUCUCUCAAACUCUCACCAUCUCACGACACAAGUUGCUCUCUCUCAAUCUCUCCCAGAUCAGUGACAGUCACGGUCACCAUCUCUCACGCCGGCGCCGACAUUGCUUCUUCCCUACGCCGGACGCCGUAGCUCGACUUUUUUUGCCGCCGUUCCUUCCCUUCAUAGCCAGCCGAAGCUCUGGCUGCCUUUCCUUCCCACCGUCGCCAGCCAGAAGCCCACCUCUAGCAAUCGUCGGCCUCCACGUCCCGAAGCCACCGUCGCUAUUUACAAGUCAAGUGACCGGACCAAGGGAGCAUGUGGGAGUUGUGGUUGUUGCAUUGUUUCCCAUCUUCAUUCCAGUCCAUUUCUCUUUUUCUUGAGAAUUGUAACAAUGGACAUCAAUGAAGUCGAUGAUGAUGAUGAGUUCGGAUUCUCAAGAAACUACUUUCUGGCAAAGGAGUUCAAGGGUUCCACGAAAAAAUCGAAUCAUAAGCUCUCAGACAUCGAUCUUGUUGAGGAACAGGAACUCAGAACUGCAGUGGCUAACAUUGAGCCCAAACAUGAGAAAGAGGUUGAGGAAGUAGUGAGAAGCUAUAAGACAUUGUACCAGAGAUGGGUUUUCAAGCUUAGGUGUGGAUUUAACCUUCUAAUGUAUGGAUUUGGAUCUAAGAAAGCCUUGAUUGAAGAUUUUGCUUCGACUGCAUUGACCGAACAUUCUGUAUUUGUAAUCAACGGCUAUCUUCAGUCAAUAAAUAUAAAACAGGUCUUGAUAGCCUUGGCUGAAGUUAUGUGGGAUCAGUUGAAGGCCAAACGAAAGAAUUCUUCAGGUAAUUUGUCAAGAGGAGCUCAGCAGCCUUUUAAUUCUAGAUCCAUAGAUGAUCUUCUUGAGUUUUUGGAUGAACCACAAAUGGAGGAGAAGGAAAGUUUUAUAUGCAUCAUCGUUCACAAUAUUGAUGGGCCUGGAUUAAGAGACUCUGAAACUCAACAAAUUCUUGCACGCUUAGCUUCUUGUUCCAGUAUCCGUAUUGUUUCCUCCAUUGACCAUGUGAAUACACCUCUUUUGUGGGACAAGAAGAUGGUUCACACGCAGUUCAACUGGUGCUGGUACCAUGUUCCUACUUUCGCACCAUACAAGGUUGAAGGAAUGUUUUUCCCUCUGAUUCUGGCAAAUGGAAAUACUGGUCAGAGUGCCAAAACAGCUGCACUAGUUUUGCAAAGUUUGACACCCAAUGCUCAGAGUGUUUUCAGAGUUCUUGCAGAGUAUCAGCUGUCUCAUCCUGACGAAGAAGGGAUGCCGGUUGAUAAUUUGUAUAGUACAUGUCGGGAACGCUUCCUGGCAAGUAACCAAGUUACUCUUAACUCCCAUUUGACAGAAUUCAAAGAUCAUGAGUUGGUCAAGACUAGACGGCAUUCUGAUGGGCAGGACUGUUUGUAUAUCCCUCUCACUGCAGAAGCACUGGAAAAACUUCUACUCGAGAUAAGUUAGUUGUGUACCUAAAGCUGUGUAUUAUUUUUCUUUCUCAUAUUUCACUCAAUUGUAGCACAUAUAAUUAUUGAAUUCAGUGGAAGAUUCUGAUUUUGAUAUUUGAGUAUUUGAAUUCAUUUCAACGAA